CGAGCUGUGCCAUCAUCCGGCGACGUUUUCACCGCGAUCAUGGAUAUGGACCUCAAGGGCUCCGCGAUCUGUCCCUCUACCACCAGGUGGUGGUCGAAGGAGACGGUGGCCGUCGUCACCGGCGCCAACAAGGGAAUCGGAUUCGCGCUCGUCAAGAGGUUAGCGGAGCUGGGGCUCACGGUGGUGCUCACUUCGAGGGACGUCGGCAAGGGGAAGGCGGCGGUGGAGUCCCUCGACGGCCAGGGAAUUCAUGUGGCGUUCUGCCACUUGGAUGUGGCGGUGCCCUCGUCGAUCGUCACCUUCGCGGCCUGGCUGGAGCGGAGAUUUGGAGGACUGGACAUUCUUAUUAACAACGCUGCCGUCUCAUUUAAUGAGAUCGACACCAACUCCGUGGAGCACGCAGAAACUGUCAUCCGUACCAACUUCUACGGCUCCAAGAUGCUGAUAGAGUCACUGCUGCCCCUGUUCCGGAGAUCCAUCGCCACCAGCAGCCGCAUACUGAACAUUAGUUCUCAGCUCGGCCUUCUAAAUCAGGCCGUGAACCAAAGCCAUGUAUCUCUCUGUGCACUGCAGAAGGUGAGGAACCCAGCUCUGAAGGAACUGCUUCAGGACGAGGAGAUUCUAACAGUCGCGGCGGUGGAACGCAUGGUGUCGCAGUUCCUCCACCACGUAAAGAUGGGGACAUGGCGAGAAGAAGGGUGGCCAACGGUGUGGACGGACUACUCCGUCUCCAAGCUCGCCCUCAAUGCGUACUCCAGGCUACUGGCGAAGCAGCAGGAAGGGCGGGGGCUGAGCGUGAACUGCUUCUGCCCGGGCUUCACCAGGACUUCCAUGACUCGGGGGAGAGGCAGCCGGUCACCGGAGGAGGCCGCCGAGGUUGGCGCCAAGCUCGCCUUGCUCCCUCCCCACCAACUACCCACCGGGAAGUUCUUCAAGUGGUGCACCCCUUCCUUGUACUCGAAGCUGUAGAUGUAAUGCGUGUGAUGACAUUCGAGAAAGCUUUAGAUAGUGACUUUACUGGUCAUUAGAAGUGGCGAUAGUGAUCUCAGGUCAAAGCUA